CCCGCCGCCCGCCCGCGACGCCCAGCUCGGGGUCCCGGGGCUCGGGAGUGAGGAGCCCGGGCGUACGCGCGUGCAGCCGUCGGGCCGAUCGCCGGGGCCAUGGCCGCGGCCACCCAGCGCAUGUUCCACCUCCAGCCAUGCGAGUACUCGCCUUCCAUCAUGUCGCAGAAUGGAUACCUUGAGGAUGUAGGCUACCUCAAGUGUGACAUGGAUGAUGCCUCUGAAACCCGUGAGGAGAGCCUGGGGGAUGAGGCCUUCGACACGGUCAACUCCUCCAUUGUGUCUGGCGAGAGCGUCCGUUUUUUUGUCAACGUCAACCUCGAGGUGCAGCCCAGCCAGGCUGCUGAGAGUGACUCGCCUGGCGGCUGUGGGCUCCUACACACCUCCCGCAAGUACCUGAAGUUAAAGAACUUUGAGUUGGAGAUACGUGCACACCGGGACCUGGAUGGCUUCCUGGCUCGGGCCAGCAUCAUCCUGAACGAGACGGCCACCUCGCUGGAUGACGUGCUCCGGGCCAUGCUCUGCCGCUUGGCCCACGACCCCAACAACACCGAGCCUGACUGCAACGUGGACCUGUUUAUGGCCAUGCUUUUCACCGAUGCCGGGGCCCCCACGGAGGGGAAAGCCCACCUGCUAUCAGAUACCAUCCAAGGGGUCACUGCCACAGUCACAGGGGUGCAAUACCAGCAGUCCUGGAUCUGCAUCAUCUGUACCUCCAAGGCCCUGCUGAAGCGGCACGUGUGCAUCAGCCGCCUGGUUCGCCCACAGAACUGGGGGGAAAACUCAUGUGAGGUGCGGUUCGUCAUCCUGGUGCUGGCUCCACCGAAGAUGAAAAGCACCAAGACAGCCACAGAGGUGGGGCGCACAUUCGCCACCAUGUUCUUGGACAUCACUUUCCGCCAGAAGCUCCUGAACACCCGCACGGAGGAAGAAUUCAAGGAGGCUCUGGUCCAUCAGAGGCAGCUGCUCACCAUGGUGAGCCAGUGUCCGACCCUGGGCCCAAAGGGCUACAACAUGAACUCCAUCUGUGUGCACAGAUCCCCGCAGCCCCUGAAGCACAAGGACUUCCUCCCUGUGGGGAAGGGCAUCCGGGAGGAUAUCGCUCGCAGGUUCCCCGUAUACCCACUGGACUUCACAGACGGCAUUAUCGGGAAGAACAAGGCUGUGGGCAAAUACAUCACCACCACCCUGUUCCUUUACUUCGCCUGCCUGCUGCCCACCAUCGCUUUUGGGUCCCUCAACGAUGAGAACACAAACGGGGCCAUCGAUGUGCAGAAGACCAUAGCGGGGCAGAGCAUUGGAGGCCUCCUAUAUGCCCUCUUCUCUGGGCAGCCGCUGGUGGUGCUGCUGACCACUGCGCCCCUGGCUCUCUACAUCCAAGUAAUUUGUGGCAUCUGUGACGACUACAAUCUGGACUUCAACACCUUCUACGCAUGGACGGGCCUGUGGAACAGUUUCUUUCUCGUGCUUUAUGCCAUCUUCAACCUCAGUCUGAUCAUGCAGCUCUUCAAGAGGUCGACAGAAGAGAUAAUUGCCUUGUUCAUUUCCAUCACAUUCAUGCUGGAUGCUGUCAAGGGCAUGGUCAAAAGGCCCCUUCUCUCCCACAUCCAGGAGAAAGCUGGGCCUCAGCCCCCCAGAGCCCAGAUGGCUGAGGCCUGGUGGCCUGUAUCCACAGUCUUCCAGAAGUACUAUGACAACAACUUUGGAGACGACAACACAGACAGCACUUCCUUGGUGAGCCUGCUGGGCCUCGGCACCAGCCUCAACACAACCCUCCACACUGCCCUCAACACCAGCCUCCUCGCCAGCCCAUCAGAGCUGACCUCCAUGGGCCGCCACACCGAGCACCCAGGCCGGGAGACCGCUGUGCUCAGCCUCCUCAUCAUGCUGGGCACGCUGUGGCUGAGCUACACCCUCUACCAGUUCAAAAAGAGCCCCUACCUACACCCCUGCAUGCGGGAGAUCCUGUCAGACUGUGCCUUGCCCAUCUCGGUGCUCACCUUCUCCCUCAUCUGCUCCUACGGCUUCCGGGAAAUUAAGAUGAGCCAGUUCCGCUACAACCCCAGCAAGAGCCUCUUUGAUGUAGCCGAGAUGCACUCCCUGUCCCUGGGGGCCAUCGCCAGCGCCAUGGGCCUGGGCUUCCUGCUCUCCUUGCUCUUCUUCAUUGAGCAGAACUUGGUGGCUGCCCUGGCUAACGCCCCAGAGAACAGGUUGGUGAAGGGCACUGCCUACCACUGGGACCUCCUGCUCAUCGCCAUCAUCAACAGUGGGCUAUCUCUGUUUGGGCUGCCCUGGAUCCAUGCUGCCUACCCCCACUCCCCACUGCACGUGCGGGCACUGGCUUUGGUGGAGGAACGUGUGGAGAAUGGGCACAUUUAUGAGACGAUUGUGAAUGUGAAGGAGACACGGCUGACCUCCCUGGGUGCCAGCAUCCUGGUGGGCUUCUCCCUCCUGCUGCUACCCUUUCCGCUGCAGUGGAUCCCCAAGCCCGUGCUCUAUGGUCUCUUCCUCUACAUCGCGCUCACAUCCAUUGAUGGCAACCAGCUCUUUGAACGUGUGGCUCUGCUGCUCAAGGACCAGACCUCGUACCCGCCCACCCACUACAUCCGGAGAGUGCCCCAGAGGAAGAUCCACUACUUCACAGGCCUGCAGGUCCUACAGCUGCUGCUGCUCUGUGCCUUUGGCAUGAGCACCCUGCCCUACAUGAAGAUGAUCUUCCCUCUCAUCAUGAUUGCCAUGAUCCCUAUCCGCUAUAACCUGCUGCCCCGAAUCAUUGAAGCCAAAUAUCUGGAUGCCAUGGAUGCUGAACACUAAGGCCCUACCUGGAAGGGCCAGACAUAUUCCAUUCACCUGUCCCCCUGGCUCUUCCCAGGCUGAUUCUGGCCAUGUGGGGAGAGGUUUGGGUGUCUUUUGGGGUGUUGCUCUCUGCCGCACCCCCUCCCAGCUACUCCAACAGGCCUAGGGCAUCUAGGCAUGGGGGAGGGCGGGUUCCCACAGUAUGUGCCUAUCCCAGUCCCCAUUAGCCUUUCGCUUGGAUCUCUAACACUGCUCAGGACAACUUCUGUCCAGAAUGGGACUAAGCAGGACGGAUUUUCUUUUGAUAAAAGAGUCAGAUGUCUGAAAGAGAAACCAUUUCCUUGAUUGUGUAAGGAACUUGCUGUAUGCACACUAGAGAAUAAAGCUCCUAUUUCUAUGCUUCA